UAUAAAGUUCAUAAAAUUAAUAAACGCCUGAAGAUUUUCAGAAGAAAAACUUCAUCGUAUAUGUUUUAUUUCAUCGGUUCAGAUAAUCAGUACAGUGCUGUUUUUGUAACGUAGUGUGCUAAUUAAUUAUUCCUUCUUAGUUUCGAAGGCACCACUAGUGUAGUGUAGCUGUGUAGGCCGGUUUGGCACCAAAGAAAAAAGUUUGAUCAAGGUAGAGUAGCUUAGACGGAUGGAUCAUCAGAUAGAUAAAUAAGCUGUAGCAUUCUUGAGCCACACGCCGGUGAUUAUUCAGCCAUGUUAAAAAUAACACGCGGCGAAGGAAUCUUUUUGUUUGUUUGUUUGUUUGUUUAUCCAUGUUACCCCUGAUCGAUGUAGUACGAAUAACGAGCAUGGCGUGAUUAUAUAUAAUCUUCCCACCUCCUGCAUGCGAGACUCUCUCCACCCCUUUCCCUUAGUUUCGUCUCAAAAUUCUCACCAAGCUCUUGAGAGAUCCAAGAAGCCAUCUCUACGAAGGUGUACGGUGGCUGUCGUCAUGGGCGACGACGACGGCGCGAAGGCUGCGACGGGCGCCAAGCAGAUGGUGCGGCUGCGAGAGCUGCUGCACAAGUGGCAGCACCUGAUGGCGCUGGCGGAUCAGAAGCAGCAGCGGGAGGAGGAGGAGGAUGACCACGCCGCCGGCGGCGGCGUGCCGGAGGAGGCAGUGGCGCCGGCGAUCCCGCCGCUCGUGGUGCGGCGUCUGCGGCGCACGGAGACGGCGGAGUCCGUGUCGGACGACGAGAGCUGCGGCCACAGCCCGGAGCCGCCGCCGCCGCCGCCGGACGUUCCCCGGGGCUACUGCCCCGUGUACGUGGGUGCCGAGCAGCGGCGGUUCGUGAUCCCGACCGGCUACCUGGCGCACCCCGUGUUCCGGCUCCUGCUGGAGAAGGCCGAGGAGGAGUUCGGGUUCCAGCACCAAGGCGCGCUCGCCAUCCCCUGCGAGACGGAGGCCUUCAAGUACAUCCUCCAGUGCGUCCAGCGCCACGACAGGCGUGGCGACGACGGUUCUCAUUCAGUUCAGGCGGUCGUUCUCGUUCCCGAUAGAGACAGACAGAGCCAUGCAUGCAUUUCUGACGCCUCUCCCUCCCCCCUUGAAUUCUUGCAGAAGCGGCGAACCAAGAACCGGCAAUGCAUCGUGCUUAGACCCUAGACUAGACGGUACGUGUUGCGCUGUUGCAGUGUGAUGUACAAUGUUUGUAUUUCUCUCUCUCUUUUUUCGUUUUCAUAUUACUCCCUCCGUUUCUUUUUAUUUGUCGCUGGAUAGUACAAAAUUACACUAUCCAGCGACAAAUAAAAAGAAACGGAGGGAGUAUUUCUGAAGAAAAGGGAUUCCGUUGUAUUGUAUUGUAUGAUGGCUAGCAGUGUGUGUGCGUCCAAGACAUUGUUGUAAUAAGGCCAAGGAUUCAGAUUGUUCUGUCAGUGUGUAGGCAACUCACAAGUAUUUGGACGUGAACUCAGUUAUUAUUAUUACUCUACGAUGGUAGAUUAUC